AGUUUCGUAACCGCUUACGAGGGUAAAUUGAGAGUUGGGAACAGCCCUCUAUUAAGUAGCAGAUUGAGAAGAGGCUCUUCCCACUUGGAGAAGGCAAGUCUUCCCAGACAGACCCCUCGCAUCGGGAGCUACAGUAAUCCAGGCGCCUCCUCUGCGCCCAGCUAUUGCCGCUGCUUCUGCUCCUCCUUCGCCGCCGCUGCUACUUGCUGAUCCCUCCACAAGGUGCCUCCGGAGCUUCAUCCUUUCUCCUCCCUUUAUCCGGGUCCGACGGCUGCUGCUGCUGCAGGCACCGCCGGAGGAGCUGCCCUGCCACCGGCUCCGGCCCCCUGCAGCCGCCCCUGAAGAAGUGGUCUCUAAAGAUCAAUGAGAAAACCUUUAUUCCUGACACAAAGUCUGCUUGUGUCCCUGCUGAGCCAGCGAGAGGACCUUUCCUCCGCCGUGUCCAGGCUUCCACACUCCUAAGUCUGUGAGAAGAAAACGAAGUGUUUCUAGAUUCAUUCAUGUUGUUGUGAUCUGAAAGGGCAGAAAUGAAGACAGCGCUCUGCUCGGCAGUCGCUGCUCUGUGUGCAGCCGCUCUCCUCUCCUCCAUCGAGGCUGAAGAGAAAUGCCUCUUCUUCCUUGCCCACCUCCUUCUGUGCUCUGUUUCUCACGGCUAGUCAGCCGGACUGUAGCUCCCUCUCUGUCUCUCUGGUGUGCUGUCCACACCACUCCACAGACAGGACACGGGCCGCCUGGGUGCAGCGCCCGAGGAGCCCGCUGCCACUGCCGGUGGACAGGCUGGCAUGGCUGGGGCCUGCGGUGCUGCCCCGAUGAUGGAUAGAGAAUGGCCAGGCUCUGUGCUGUAGUCUCAUUUACUUAUGUUGAGAGAGGAAAUGAAAAACCCACCACCCAGCAACCUGCAGCUUUGAAAUAAAAUGCUCCAACAGAGUCUGGCUUCCUGCGCCUGUGUGUUUUAUCCUGGCUGGAACCUCUGCCCUGCCCUGCUGGCCCGCCAGCUCAGCAGCCUCCCCAGCUUGGCGGGGCGACCCCUGGCUGAGCCCUGGGGUGGCUGGACCCUCCCUUGGGGAUGAUGUGGCCUCCAUGUUGGGUUCGAUUAGGGGGGCUGCCACCGCCAUGACAUAUGUCCUGGGCACCACUGAAGGGCGGCUGUGCCUGGGCCAGGCCUUGCUGUAGCAGCCAGGGCCCCAAGGCUUUGGCAUAUAUGUGGCACCAUCACCCCCAAAGAGGCCUUUCUUCUCCUCCUCCUCCUCCUUUCAGGGCCCUGGCCAAGUCUCUCUGGAGGUUGAGGUCCUUGUCAGGCCAUGGCAAUGUCCUGCCUCCAGCUGCAGAGAUGAAACCUGGGGAGACCCAUCAUGUCUGAUACACUCACUACAGCGUGGCUCAAAAGGGCCUGGCCCUUGUGCAUUUGCCUCCCCAGUGGAUUAACAGCAAGCAUGGGGACAACCUCCCCAGUUACCAUCUGUGUGAGCUGCGUGGCUUUGGUCGUAGUAACAGUGCUUCUGCCAGUAGUGGCUGCCAGGGGAAAUAGAGAUGCUGAACAUCCUGUGCUGAAAUGACUUAUAUGACCUCCGGGACCUGACCAUCAUAGGGUGAACCGAACCACUGGGUCUGAACUCACUGGGAUUUACUGAAGAAAAAAACAGAAGCCAGCCAACUGAUAAUUCAGUUUUUUUCCCUUCCUUCUCUUUCUGUAUUGAACCAAAACAAAUUCUCUGAUCAUGGCCUGCGUCAAGCUCCUGUGUCUGGACCUGGUCACUUCGGCUGAUGGCUACCAAAAGCACGGUGUGUCAGAGAUGUCUCGGGGGCAUUUGCUCCCCCAGCUUGAGCACGCAGAAGUAAAGUACACUGGCUUUCUGGAAAAAAAAAUCGCAUUUCUGCCAGCGCAACAUCUGGUCACCCUAGGAGAGAAUCAGCCUGCUGCCUCCCUCUUGUGCUACGUUGUUGUUGGCUGAGGAACCGAAAAAGGUCAUUUGAAGUCAUUUCAGAGUUGCAUUUGCAGGACUGCCAUGCCAGAGAAAGCAAAGAAAGUGAUGGACAGUUUUGAUGGAGGAGGGGAGUGAAUGUAUUUGUGUGUACUUCUCCAUCUUAGGAGGGAGCUCACUUUGAACUGGAGUAAUGUUGCUGUUGGUCUGCACCAUGGAUUACGUGUAUGGAGUAGGUUAUUUAAAAAUGUGAGGGUGUUUUAUUUAGCUAUAGUGUAUAGUAUAGUAUAGAUACGACUAAACCAGUCGUAUCCUGAGUACUGUCAAUGAAGCUACAAAAAUGCAUUUGGAGGAGCACACAGUUAUUUAAUAACAGCAAAACUAGAUGCAUUGCCAGACAAGAUGGCCAAGCUUUAGAUCUCAGGCUGAAGGAUGUGCCAUUGGUAAACAAAACUGAUCUUGUGGGUUGUAGAGCACUCCUGGACAAGACCUGCAUUACUCUGCAUUCAGAAUUGUGUAUUAAGUAAAAUAUCUAGUUCACAGUAAUCAGGUUUUUAUGAGAAACUUCUUCCAGCUUCAGAGUCUUGAAGUAAGAACAGAAAAAUGUCUUGAGCAGGAAGUGCAGUGAAAAAUAGUGGUGCUGAAAAUGGAAGUUCAAAUCUUGGAGUACCUUAGGACUUGCUCUGAUGGAAACUGCUUUCGUAAAGCUUUUUGCAGUGUGUUUUUUGUUUGCAUUAUACUGGUCGUUCUUCUGCACUGUUUUUAAUUUUGUGCUUCAAUUUUGCAUCAUCUUGUAAAUUGCAUGUUGUAUCUUAUUUAGUUCUGGUAUCAUUACAACUUAAAUGCUGUCUGCUGAACUGACUUCCUUCUGUGGACAUUUGUUCUUUAGUCUAUUUCUCCAACUUUCAGAUCACAUUAUGGCAAAUCUCUAUCCCACCAGUCAGUUUUCUCUCUUCCCCCCCCCCCCACCUUGCUGUCCCUCCACCUAUUUCUCUCGUUUUGUUUUGUUCCUUUGACUUUCCCUGUGGUGGUCACAAGAGAUGCAGUUUGAAUUUUCUUUCCCUAAGGUGUGGGUAGAGAUUUGGUGGGAUGAAAAUGUGAGAGGAGAUAAGGCAGAGGGCCAUUUGAUGUGGUAAAGAUUGUUGAUAUAGGGUGGGAAGAUGGAGUGAAAGCAGAGGGAAGGAAGAUGUUCUAUUUUUCUGUCUUCUUUCAGCUUUCAUUUUUCAGUCUGUCCUGGGAAUAGAUCUGGUGUUUAUCCGAUACUGCUGUUCAUAGAUUCCUAAAUCUUCCAGGAUUAAACUGUUUCUCCAUCGGCAUCGCAACUGCUCUGCGAGUACUGCAUGAGAGCUGUGCUCUGUUGCUGUUGGCAAGGCAGUGAGCUACAGUAAUGGUGUCAGAGCUUUUCUACACAGACAAAGCAACACAGGGGUUUCUAGCUGGACAAUCACUGUAGCAGUAGAGGAUGUAAAAACAACAUAUACCCUGAAUGCAUUCAUGGCAUUUCACUGGGGAAGCUGUUUGUUUACCCUGCCCACGGGGAAGCAAAUCUGUUUUCACGCUCAACAUUUUUGCUCUUCUACAGUGAAAUUCCUCUUGUUUUAUUUUGCAAUCCUUCUGACAUCUCUCAGCUUAAACUUCUUGUGUGUAAUGCUAUAUUUUAUGCUGUGUUUAAAGUGGUUUUUGCCUUUUUAGUCCUACACCGUAAUACUCCAGUGCAUUCCCUGUGUGUCCUCAUGUCAAGAUUUCUUUCUGUUGCAUUAUUUUUUCCAUCUGUGUUCACAAAAGCCAGGGGAAAAUCUAUGUCCUUUCACUAGAUAAGGAUUCUUUUCAUUAUUUUAGUCAUAGUUAAGCCAAGUAGAUUAGUAUGUGAAUAACCUGUUAGUUAUAAUUUCAGGGUAAUGCUGGGAUGAUGUCAUAGCUUGUGUAGUACCUUGCAUUUCCCAAUAAUGGGAUUUUAAAAGGCACAGGAAAGGAUUGAGGGUAUCGUUGGUUCUGUGUGACCUCACUGAGGCUGUGAAGGUGCUGACCUUUCAAUGCUUCAGGAGCUGGUUCAGACCUAGAAAAGUCUGUUUUCUAGGCUGGAGGUAGGGAAGGAGGGCAUCACUGAGCCAAGUGUGGGAUUUGUGUUAUGCAGAUAAAGGUUUGUCUGGUGAAAAAUCUGUCUCUCAGACAUGUACAGUAAAUGACAGUGAAUUAUGGCACAGCAGUUACAGUUGCUCAUGUAACAGAGCUUGUGUUGAGAACAUUAAUUUUCAUUGAAUGGUUUAAUGAUGAUGCAGUAUAGCUGAAACUUUUGAAGUUUUGAAGUUAACUACCUAUUCAGCUUUGGAACUGGUUGGUGGGACCAUUAUUUUAUUACCUUUUGAUGUCUGAUUUCUGUCUUUUGAAAAAAUAGUUGUUGAUUUCCAAGUUCCCAAAGAGAGAAUCACGUAGAUUGGUGUGUGAAAGUGAAAUCUGUAUAUACAUGAGGGUGACUAUAACUCCUUUUUUUCCUAGUGAUAGUUAGAAGCAAAGUGUACACGAGUGUAUGUAUAGGCACACAUAUGCACACACAUGCACAUACAUACAUAUGCACAAACGUGUAAAAGUUGGUAUAUAUUCAUGCAUGCGGUUUGUGUAUAUGUAUGCAGUUACAUUUAGUUACAUACCUAAAUAUAGUUAGAAAUACAUAUAUUUAAAUGAUUUUUUUCAAAAUACACUUAACGAGCUAUAUAGGAUGUAUUUUGAAGAAAUUUCAUAUACAUGUAUAAAAUUAAAAAAUGCAAACAUACAGGUGGCAGUGCUGCUGUGUUGUGAUUGCAAUGAAUAUCUAACAAGGCUGAGAAUCAGUUCUUGACUAAAUAUCUAGGCUAUAGCUCAUUCUUUUUCCCAUUCACAUUGGCAACACUGACUUCAAAGGAGCUUGCUGGGGUCGUGAUCUAGUUACUUGUGUCAAAUCCAUGCUAUUUAUUAGGAAAAUAGUAAAUGAGGACUUUUGGCCUCUUCCAGCCUCAGCAGGGCUUAUCUUAGUGAGAGAAAGACUGGGAUUAUUGUGCAGCUUCUGUGGCCUGUAUGUUAUUUUAACAUGGGCUAACAUGUUAUUUCACAUGCUAAUUAUAGGGAGUCUUUUCCAGUGAUGGAAAUUACAGAUUUUUUUUUCACAAAGGGAUUGUGGAUGGUAGGUACUUCCAAGUUAUGCCACUUUUAAGUCUGGUUCCAGAUUUAAAUUGCUUCAUCUUCUGAUUAUAUUUUACUUUCUCUUAUGAAGAUAUCGAUUGGGAUCCUCUGGCAGUCACAUUGUGUUAUCUGUAAAAAUCUGUAGAUUAGGUUAGUAUUGUAUACAAACUAGUAUAAGACAUAUAUAGCAUGAGGAAGAUACCUUGCUCUGUAUUUUCUGUUUCAGAAAAGACACUGUUAUUAUACAUGUAUAUAAUACAAGGAGUGGCAAUGAAUUAAGUAUAUUAUGUCUGAUUUUUUUUUUUUUUUUUGUGGUUCAUAAGAUAGGAUAUGCCAUUGAGGAAGUUAUCAUAGUUCUAAGAGUGGUGGAAAUUGAUACUGUGUAAACAUUACUAUCAUACAGCGAGAUAUUUUUUUAACACGCUGAAAACCUGUAAGGGAGCCCUACAUUUCUGUGCAUCAGCAGUGGAAUCACUGUAUGAAGGCAAUGCUAUAACAUCAUUACAUGUUAUGAUCAUGAUCCUCUACCUUGACAAGUCAGUGAGACAUUUGGCAUGGAUUUUGAUGGACACAGGAUCAGGUUGAUCAGCAGUGUCAAUACGCUGUAAGCACAAGUGCAACUUCACUUACACAAAUAGCCCGACAUCACGUCUGCUUACUUGAGUAAAGCUGCGGUCACAUGUAAGCCUUUUUAGGGUGCAGUUUUAAGAUUUGUCCCUGUAAUGGGACAAACUCCGACCACAACCAGGGGCAUUUUCUUCCUGGAAGUCUGGUCUGAUUCUGUGUUGCAGAUUUAGUAUUUUUUCACUGGUGAAUUCCAUUCUGGAAGAAGAAUUUUAAUAAGGCAGAGUAACAGUUGAUCUGUUUGAUUAUUGCAAUAAGGUUUUUAUAAUCAAAACGUUUUGCUAUACUUCAGAUCAACUUACUGCUCUCAGUCAUAUGACCAUGGUUUGGUGUUCACCCCACAGCUAGUUUCAUAUGGGUGAAAUCUGACCCAUGUGAUGUUUUGGAGGCUCUGUUUGAGUAUCAAAAGCUCACAGGCCAUCUGGAAGACAUUUUGACGACACUGGAUCCAAACUGGCUUUUUUUAACUCAGGCAAGGUUCUUUUCUGGAUUUCAAAGGGAGAAGUGUUCAAUGAUUGAGUUUCAUAAGCCAGCCACAGGUUGAGAAUGAAUGCAUUUAAACUGCAGCAAAGAAGACUGGGGUUAGGUGUUGGGAAUAACUUUAUGAUGAGAAAGACAGUGAGGCAUUGGAGUAAUUUCUGUGGAGUAAUUUCUUUAAGAAUGAUCUGAGCAAACAUGUCAGUAAUGACAUGGGGUGGCUGGUCAUAUCUUGGCUGUGGGAUUGAUGAGGGGACAUUCUGAGGUCCCCUGCAAUGCCAUUGUUCUAAAAGGCUGUGAACACCUGGAUGAAUGGAUACGUCACUUCUGUAUCAAUAUACGACUCCUGUUACCUUCCAAGAUCCACAACUGAAUUUUCAUAAAAUGGAUUAAAUUCCUUUCGAAUGUUAAAGACUCUUCCUCACAGUCAGUUUUUUCAGUUUAUCUGGAAUCCGGUCAUUUGGAUAUCAGCAAGUUGGGCUGCUGCUGUCCUUCAGCAGUUAAAGCCUAAAGUCUCUGCUGCAACAUGCCAAUUUACUUGCAAGUUAAUCCACCAUCAGACUUGAAUUUUACAAUUAUAGAUGAACAUAAUGUUCAAAUGUCAUGGAAAAGGCCACCAGAUGCAAUAGUGGGUUACAGGAUAACUGUGGUUCCAACAAAUGAUGGGCCUACUAAAGAAUUUACUCUUUCACCUAGCACUACCCAAACUGUCUUAUCAGAUCUUAUACCUGAUAUAGAGUAUGUUGUGUCAAUAGCUUCAUAUGAUGAAAGAGAGGAGAGUCUACCUGUUUUCGGCCAACUGACAAUUCAGACAGGUGGUCCAGGGCUACCAGAGGAAAAGAAGAUUGAGGCUCAAUUACAAAAAUGCUCCAUAAGUGCAAUGACAGAUUUAGUUUUCCUGGUAGAUGGUUCAUGGAGUGUAGGGAGAAAUAACUUCAGAUAUAUUCUGGACUUCAUGGUUGCCCUUGUAUCGGCUUUUGACAUUGGAGAAGAAAAGACGAGAGUUGGAGUUGUUCAGUACAGUUCAGAUACAAGAACAGAGUUCAAUUUAAAUCAGUAUUUUAGAAGAAGUGAUCUUAUUGAUGCAAUUAAAAGGAUACCUUACAAAGGUGGCAACACAAUGACAGGUGAGGCUAUCGAUUACCUGGUUCAAAACACCUUCACUGAGUCAGCCGGAGCAAGAAAAGGCUUUCCCAAAGUAGCAAUUGUCAUUACGGAUGGAAAAGCUCAAGAUGAAGUUGAGAUUCCUGCAAGAGAGCUUCGCAACAUAGGAGUUGAAAUUUUUUCUUUGGGAAUCAAAGCAGCAGAUGCAAAGGAACUCAAGCUAAUUGCAUCUCAGCCUUCACUGAAGCAUGUGUUCAAUGUGGCUAAUUUUGAUGGAAUUGUGGAUAUACAGAAUGAAAUUAUCUUGCAAGUGUGCUCUGGUGUUGAUGAACAACUAGGCGAACUGGUUAGUGGAGAAGAAGUGGUAGAGCCUCCUUCAAAUCUGGUGGCCACUCAGAUCUCCUCAAAAUCUGUUAGGAUCACUUGGGAUCCAUCCACAAGCCAAAUAACUGGCUAUCGGCUGCAGUUCAUUCCAAUGAUAUCUGGUGGAAAACAACAUGUACUGAGUGUGGGUCCUCAGACUACUGCUCUGAAUGUUAAAGAUCUUUCUCCAGACACAGAAUAUCAAAUUAAUGUUUAUGCAAUGAAGGGACUGACCCCCAGUGAGCCAAUAACGAUAAUGGAAAAAACACAACAAGUAAAAGUUCAAGUGGAAUGCUCACGUGGUGUGGAUGUAAAAGCUGAUGUUGUGUUUUUAGUGGAUGGUUCCUACAGCAUUGGUAUCGCCAAUUUUGUUAAAGUAAGAGCCUUUUUGGAAGUGUUAGUUAAAAGCUUUGAGAUAUCGCCUCGAAAAGUACAGAUAAGUCUUGUCCAGUACAGCAGAGAUCCCCAUAUGGAGUUUUCUUUGAACAGAUACAACAGAGUGGAAGACAUAAUUCAGGCUAUUAACAACUUCCCCUACAGAGGUGGAUCUACGAACACAGGGAAAGCGAUGACAUAUGUGAGGGAGAAAGUAUUUGUUACCAGCAAAGGAUCAAGACCAAAUGUACCAAGAGUCAUGAUUCUUAUUACUGAUGGAAAAUCGUCAGAUGCUUUUAAGGAACCUGCAAUAAAGCUGAGGGAUGCAGAUGUAGAAAUAUUUGCAGUUGGUGUGAAGGAUGCAGUGCGUACAGAGUUAGAAGCAAUUGCAUCGCCUCCUGCUGAAACCCAUGUUUACACGGUGGAAGAUUUUGAUGCUUUUCAAAGAAUAUCAUUUGAACUUACACAGUCUGUUUGCCUACGGAUUGAGCAGGAACUGGCUGCUAUAAGGAAAAAAUCUUAUGUACCUGCAAAGAAUAUGGUCUUUUCUGAUGUAACAUCUGACAGUUUCAAAGUGAGCUGGUCUCCAGCUGGAUCUGAGGUUUUGUCUUAUCUCAUUAAAUAUAAAGUAGCAGUUGGUGGAGAAGAAUUUAUUGUUUCAGUACCAGCUUCAAGUACUAGCUCAGUUCUCACAAACUUGCUACCUGAAACUACUUACACAGUCAGCGUGAUUUCUGAAUAUGAAGAUGGUGAUGGCCCUCCCUUGGAUGGAGAGGAAACCACCUUAGAAGUUAAAGGUGCUCCUCGAAACUUAAGGAUAACAGAUGAAACUACUGAUAGCUUUGUAGUUGGCUGGACUCCAGCUCCAGGAAAUGUCCUACGGUACAGGCUUGUGUAUAGACCAGUUACUGGAGGAGAAAGGAGACAAGUGACUGCCUCAGCAAAUGAACGAUCAACUAUUCUGCAGAACUUGAUCCAAGAUACAAGAUAUGAAGUAUCUGUUAUUCCUGAAUAUCAGUCUGGGCCUGGGAAUUCUCUGAACGGAUAUGCAAAAACUGAUGAAGUCCGAGGAAAUCCAAGAAAUUUGAGAGUGUCUGAUGCUACAACAUCAACAAUGAAGCUGUCCUGGGGUGCUGCUCCUGGCAAAGUGCAGCAGUACUUUAUAACAUACACUCCAGUCUCAGGAGGUGAAACUAAGGAAGUGACUGUGAAAGGUGACACUACCUCUAAAGUGCUAAAAGGCUUAGAUGAAGCCACUAGGUAUGCAUUGACUGUGUCUGCCUUGUAUGCAUCAGGAGCAGGAGAGGCCCUUUCUGGAGAGGGAGAAACACUUGAAGAACGUGGUUCACCACGUAAUUUGAUUACCACAGACAUAACUGACACCACAGUUGGGUUAUCAUGGACGCCAGCUCCAGGAGCAGUUAAUGAUUAUAGGAUUGUGUGGAAAUCACUUUAUGAUGAUACAAUGGGAGAGAAGAGAGUGCCUGGAAAUACAGUGGAUGCUGUUCUAGAAGGCUUGGAGCCAGAGACUAAAUACAGGAUUUCAGUAUAUGCAACCUACAGCAGUGGAGAAGGAGACCCAGUAGAAGGAGAGGCUUUUACUGAUGUAUCACAAAAUGCCAGGACUGUGACAGUAGACAACGAGACAGAGAAUACAAUGAGAGUUAGAUGGCAGCCUUCACCUGGGAAAGUCUUGUCAUAUCGUGUGUACUACCGACCACGCAGUGGAGGAAGACAGAUGUUUGGAAGAGUAAAUGCUCCUGCUACAAGCAUAGUGUUAAAGCGGCUUAAGCCACGGACUACAUAUGACCUCAGUGUUGUACCAAUUUAUGAUUUUGGACAAGGAAAAUCAAGAAAAGCAGAAGGAACAACAGCCUCACCCUUUAAGCCACCUCGAAAUCUGAGAACUUCUGAUUCAACUAUGUCAAGCUUCCGAGUAACAUGGGAGCCAGCUCCAGGGCGAGUGAAGGGGUACAAAGUCACUUUCCACCCUACAGAAGACAACAGGAGUCUUGGAGAAUUAAUAGUGGGGCCAUAUGACAGCACAGUUGUAUUGGAGGAGCUUAGGGCAGGAACUACCUAUAAGGUAAAUGUUUUUGGAAUGUUUGAAGGAGGAGAGAGCAGCCCCCUGGUUGGACAAGAGAUGACCACCCUUUCAGAUACUACUUCGGAGCCAUUUUUAUCUAGAGGUUUAGAAUGUAGAACCAGAGCAGAAGCUGAUAUUGUGCUGCUGGUGGAUGGCUCGUGGAGUAUCGGGCGGCCAAAUUUUAAAACUAUCAGGAACUUCAUUGCUCGUAUUGUUGAAGUUUUUGAUAUUGGUCCUGACAAAGUACAGAUUGGUCUUGCACAGUAUAGCGGAGAUCCCAGAACAGAAUGGAAUCUCAAUGCUUACCGAACCAAACAGACUUUGUUAGAGGCAGUAGCCAACUUACCAUACAAAGGAGGCAAUACUCUAACAGGAAUGGCCUUGGAUUUCAUCUUAAAAAACAACUUCAAACAAGAUGCAGGCUUAAGGCCCAGAGCUCGCAAAAUCGGUGUUCUCAUCACUGAUGGCAAAUCACAAGAUGAUGUAGUCACCCCUUCGAGAAGACUCAGAGAUGAAGGGGUGGAACUUUAUGCAAUUGGUAUUAAAAAUGCAGAUGAAAAUGAAUUGAAGCAGAUUGCAACGGAUCCAGAUGACAUCCAUGCUUACAAUGUUGCAGAUUUCUCCUUCCUGGCUAACAUUGUUGAUGAUGUAACCACGAAUCUGUGUAAUAGUGUGAAAGGUCCAGGUGAUUUGCCACCUCCCUCUAACCUAGUUAUUUUAGAAGCGACACCUCGUUCUUUCAGACUGAGAUGGAGUCCACCUCCUGAGAGUGUUGAUAGAUAUAGAGUUGAAUAUUACCCUACCUCUGGAGGUAGCCCUCAGCGGUUUUAUGUAAGUAGGAUGGAAACCACGACAGUUCUGAAAGAUCUGAAACCUGAAACAGAAUAUAUUGUUAACGUGUUUUCUGUGGUAGAAGAUGAAAGCAGUGAACCUCUAAUUGGCAGCGAAACAACUUUGCCAAUCUCUUCAGUUAGAAACUUGAAUGUUUAUGACAUUGGAUCAACUUCCAUGCGAGUGAGGUGGGAACCUCUCAAUGGGGCUACUGGUUAUUUGUUAACAUAUGAACCUGUGAAUGCCACAGUCCCAACCACAGAAAAAGAGAUGCGUGUUGGACCAUCAGUCAAUGAGGUGCAGCUGGUAGAUCUCAUCCCCAAUACCGAGUACACUUUAACAGCUUAUGUAUUGUUUGGUGAUAUGACCAGUGACCCACUCACCACCCAGGAAGUGACAUUACCUUUACCUGGACCCAGAGGCUUAACAAUUCAGGAUGUUACUCACAGCAGCAUGAAUAUCCUUUGGGAUCCUGCCCCAGGGAAAGUUCGAAAAUACAUCCUAAGAUACAAAAUAGCUGAUGAAGCUGAUGUGAAGGAGGUGGAAAUUGACAGACUGAAAACCAGCACUACUCUCUCUGACCUUUCCUCCCAAACACUGUAUAAUAUAAAAGUUGUUGCUGUGUACGAUGAAGGAGAAUCCCUACCAAUAAAUGCAGAAGCUGUCACUCAGCCUGUGCCAGCACCUGUUAAUCUCAGAAUCACAGAUAUAACCACAAAUAGUUUCAGAGGAACUUGGGAUCAUGGAGCUCCAGAUGUCUCUCUAUAUAGAAUAACCUGGGGACCCUAUGGAAGAUCAGAAAAACAUGAGACUAUCUUAAAUGGGGAAGACAACAGUUUGGUCUUUGAAAAUCUGAAUCCAGAUACAUUAUAUGAUAUCUCAGUUACUGCCAUUUAUCCUGAUGAGUCAGAAAGUGAUGACCUCAUUGGCAGUGAACGAACAUUACCUUUGGUACCUAUCACCACACAAGCACCAAAGAGUGGCCCACGAAACCUUCAGGUGUACAAUGCAACUUCACACAGUUUGACUGUGAAGUGGGAUCCUGCUAGCGGUCGAGUGCAGAGAUACAGGAUCCUUUACCAGCCUAUCAGUGGGGAUGGCCCUGAACAGUCGACUGUGGUUGGAGGGCGGCAGAACAGUGUGGUGAUACAGAAGCUGCAGCCUGACACACCAUAUGCUAUUACUGUCUCAUCAAUGUACGCAGAUGGGGAAGGGGGGCGAAUGACAGGACGAGGCAGAACCAAACCUCUCACUACUGUGAAGAACUUGUUAAUUUAUGACCCAACCACUAGUACUCUGAACAUUCGAUGGGAUCAUGCAGAAGGAAGUCCUCGUCAGUAUAAGGUGUUUUAUGGACCUACAGCUGGAGGUGCAGAAGAAAUGACCACAGUACCAGGAAACACAAACUAUGUCAUUCUGAGGACUCUUGAACCCAACACACCUUACACUGUAACUGUGGUUCCAGUUUUUCCAGAGGGGGACGGUGGACGUGUCUCUGACACUGGAAGAACUUUGGAGAGAGGGACACCAAGAAACAUUCAAGUUUACAAUCCCACACCAAACAGCAUGAACGUCCGAUGGGAACCUGCUCCAGGUCCAGUACAGCAAUAUAGAAUUAAUUACGCUCCACUGUCUGGCCCAAGGCCAUCAGAAUCUAUUGUGGUACCAGGCAACACUCGUGAUGUGAUGCUGGAGCGCUUGACUCCUGACACUGCUUACUCAAUAAAUGUUAUAGCUCUGUAUGCAGAUGGAGAAGGAAAUCCAAGCCAAGCACAGGGAAGAACAUUGCCUCGCAGUGGUCCAAGGAAUGUGAGAGUGUUUGAUGAGACCACAAAUAGCCUUUCUGUUCAAUGGGACCAUGCUGAUGGGCCAGUUCAGCAGUACAGAAUCAUUUAUUCACCCACUGUGGGAGACCCUAUCGAUGAAUACACAACAGUUCCUGGGAUAAGAAAUAAUGUGAUACUACAACCACUACAAUCAGAUACACCAUAUAAAAUUACUGUUGUGGCUGUGUACGAAGAUGGAGAUGGUGGACAACUGACUGGAAAUGGCAGAACUGUUGGCCUGCUUCCUCCUCAGAAUAUGUAUAUAACUGAUGAAUGGUAUACACGAUUCAGAGUUUCCUGGGAUCCUUCACCAUCCCCUGUUCUUGGCUAUAAAAUUGUAUACAAACCUGUAGGUUCAAAUGAGCCCAUGGAGGUUUUUGUGGGAGAAGUGACUUCCUAUACGUUGCAUAAUCUGUCUCCCAGCACUACUUAUGAUGUGAACGUUUAUGCCCAGUAUGAUUCCGGAAUGAGUAUACCUUUGACAGAUCAAGGCACUACAUUAUAUUUGAAUGUCAGUGACCUAAGAAGUUACAAAGUGGGUUGGGAUACUUUCUGUAUCCGAUGGUCACCACAUCGGUCAGCAACUUCCUACAGACUGAAGUUAAACCCAGCUGAUGGUUCUAGAGGGCAGGAAAUCACAGUACGUGGAUCAGAAACGAGCCAUUGUUUUACCAGCCUCUCACCAGACACAGAAUACAAUGCUACCAUCUUUGUUCAGACCCCUAACCUCGAGGGACCUCCAGUUUCUAUCAGGGAGCAUACAGUCCUCAAACCUACGGAGGCACCAACUCCACCACCUACACCUCCUCCGCCUCCCACAAUCCCUCCAGCUCGGGAUGUAUGCAGAGGUGCCAAAGCAGACAUAGUAUUCUUGACUGAUGCUUCCUGGAGUAUUGGUGAUGAUAACUUCAACAAAGUAGUGAAAUUUGUUUUUAAUACAGUAGGAGCCUUUGACUUGAUUAAUCCUGCUGGAAUCCAGGUUUCAUUUGUGCAGUACAGUGAUGAGGCAAAAUCUGAAUUUAAACUGAAUACAUUUGACGACAAGGCCCAGGCCUUGGGAGCUCUUCAAAAUAUUCAGUACAGAGGAGGAAACACAAGGACAGGCAAAGCCCUAACAUUUAUCAAAGAAAAGGUUUUGACUUGGGAGAGUGGUAUGAGGAGAGGUGUUCCCAAGGUACUUGUUGUUGUCACAGAUGGUCGGUCUCAGGAUGAGGUGAGGAAAGCAGCAACGGUCAUACAGCACUCUGGCUUCAGUAUCUUUGUGGUUGGUGUGGCCGAUGUAGAUUACAAUGAGCUGGCCAAGAUUGCCAGCAAGCCCAGUGAGCGUCAUGUAUUUAUUGUUGAUGACUUUGAUGCCUUUGAAAAGAUUCAAGAUAACCUUGUCACCUUUGUGUGUGAGACAGCUACCUCAACUUGUCCUCUCAUUUACUUGGAGGGAUACACUUCACCUGGUUUCAAGAUGCUGGAAUCAUAUAAUCUAACAGAGAAGCAUUUUGCUUCUGUACAAGGCAUAUCACUGGAAUCGGGCUCUUUCCCAAGCUAUGUAGCAUAUAGACUCCACAAAAAUGCCUUUGUCAGCCAGCCAAUACGGGAGAUUCACCCAGAGGGAUUGCCACAGGCGUACACUAUCAUUCUGUUAUUCCGUCUUCUGCCUGAAUCCCCCAAUGAGCCUUUUGCAAUUUGGCAGAUUACAGACAGAGAUUACAAACCACAAGUUGGAGUUGUGCUUGAUCCUGCCAGCAAAGUGCUGUCAUUCUUUAACAAGGAUACAAGUGGAGAGGUUCAAACUGUAACUUUUGAUAAUGAUGAAGUAAAGAAAAUCUUUUAUGGAAGUUUCCAUAAGGUCCAUAUUGUUGUAACUUCAUCACAUGUUAAGAUUUAUAUUGACUGCAGUGAAAUACUGGAAAAACCAAUUAAGGAGGCUGGGAACAUCACAACUGAUGGCUAUGAAAUACUUGGGAAACUUCUAAAAGGCGACCGGAGAUCAGCAACAUUAGAAAUCCAGAAUUUUGAUAUUGUAUGUAGUCCAGUUUGGACUAGCAGAGACAGAUGUUGUGACCUUCCUUCUAUGAGAGAUGAAGCAAAAUGCCCAGCUCUUCCAAAUGCUUGUACCUGUACUCAGGACAGUGUGGGACCUCCAGGACCCCCUGGACCAGCUGGUGGCCCAGGUGCUAAAGGUCCCAGAGGUGAAAGGGGUUUGACUGGAUCAUCUGGUCCACCUGGUCCUCGUGGUGAGACGGGUCCUCCUGGCCCUCAAGGUCCUCCAGGUCCACAGGGCCCCAACGGGCUGUCUAUCCCAGGUGAACCGGGUCGUCAAGGAACGAAAGGUGAUGCUGGCCAGCCUGGACUACCAGGGCGAUCGGGAACCCCAGGUUUACCUGGUCCACCUGGACCAAUGGGACCUCCAGGAGAAAGGGGUUUCACAGGAAAAGAUGGUCCUACAGGUCCCAGAGGUCCACCAGGACCAGCGGGUGCCCCAGGAGUUCCAGGAGUUGCUGGCCCAAGUGGAAAACCAGGAAAGCCAGGAGAUCGUGGGACACCAGGUGCACCUGGAAUGAAGGGAGAAAAAGGUGACAGAGGUGAUAUUGCUUCUCAGAACAUGAUGCGAGCAGUUGCAAGACAAGUUUGUGAGCAACUGAUAAAUGGUCAAAUGAGCAGGUUCAAUCAAAUGCUGAAUCAAAUCCCGAAUGAUUAUUAUUCAAACCGUAACCAGCCAGGGCCACCAGGACCACCUGGUCCCCCAGGAGCUGCUGGGACCAGAGGAGAGCCUGGACCUGGAGGAAGACCAGGAUUCCCAGGACCUCCUGGGGUCCAAGGGCCACCCGGUGAAAGAGGAAUUCCUGGAGAGAAAGGUGAAAGAGGGACUGGAUCUCAAGGACCACGAGGUUUGCCAGGGCCACCUGGUCCACAGGGAGAAUCUAGAACUGGUCCACCAGGCUCCACAGGAUCAAGAGGACCACCAGGGCCACCAGGUCGUCCUGGAAAUGCGGGUAUUCGAGGUCCCCCAGGACCACCAGGAUAUUGUGAUUCAUCCCAAUGUGCUAGCAUCCCUUACAAUGGCCAAGGAUUCCCAGAACAAGGUUGAAUUCUCCAUGUUCUCUUGAAAAAUAAAAAGAAUGCUGUGGUUGGCAAUUUCCAUGUGUCUCUUUUUGAGCAAUGUCAGGAUUAUUUAUACAAAAUUAAUACCUGAAAUAAAAAUUUUCCACAAAUGAAAUGCAUUCAUUUCUGAAAUGAAUGCAUUUCAGAAAAUGCAACUCAGCAACUGAAAACCAUCUCUGUCCUACAAUUUCUACCAAGUUAAGCACCAUGGAUUCUCUGAUUAGCCCUGGGUCAUAUCAGCCUUACCCUUUGUGACAUAGCUCAAAACAGUAGACUGCUUCUAGAAUCAAAAUAAAGGGUCACAGCGGCCGUUAAUUUCUGACUGGAAAGUUUCUAAUAUAUUUUAACAUGGGGAUCCUGCAGGACCACAGUAUUGUUAACAAAUUAAUAUGUAUGCAUUGCAACAUCUCAAAAUUAGUGUAUGUGAUACUACUAUUGGAUAUGGUUUGCUGUAGUGUAUUGUGCAUGUAUCCAUGAAAAGAAAAAAAAAUUAAAAAAAAAAAAAUAUAUAUAUAUGUACACACUUGCAGACUCAGUGCUCCUGGUUAAAGAGCCAGGUGGUUGCGCAGAUCUCACACAAAAUUCUUAUUUAAAUGAAAAAGAAAGCAAAUCGUACCUGUGACUUAUCAGUGUUCUCCUUUCUAGUAAAAAGCUAUGUAUACAUAUAUAAAUAUAUGCCUAUGACUUAACUGUUAUGUAUUUAGUUGGAUGAAAGUAUGUUUUUGCACAUCAGAUGAACUUUUUAAAAGACUAACAUCAUCUUUGACCUGUUUCAGGUUUCGGCUAACACAUUUUCUAAGUCGCCAGUGCUGCUUACAGUUUGAAUACAUGAAAAUCCUGUUUCUGAGAUGUUUGCGCACGUGCUUAUUAGAAAAUGAGUCCGUAUGGAUAUUUCACCACGGAUAUGGUUUUUGAACCAUGUUGGCCGCAUAGAAUGGGGAGAUUCUUUUUACUAACACAACUUGUUAAUGAGAUAAAGGACAGUGAUGUCAAUUCAUUAAGCCUGUUGCAUUUCAGUAGUAAAAUAGACAGUCUUUCUUUUUUAAAAAAAGAUCCAGACCAUCAAAAGCCUCAGUGGUGAAGGAGGCUUAUAAAACUACUAACCAGCAAAGGUAAUGCCAUUAGAAGAGACAGACUUAACCUGGUAAAUGAGAAAUGACUUAUGUAAAUAGUAAACUAAUUGUGGCUUGUAAAUGAUUUGUAUGGGACUGUAUCCACUAAAAUCUGUUAACAACUCUACGUGACGCUUUUGCAUAAAAGCCUGCUGCUGCUUGCUAUAUGCUGGAAUAACAUCUUUGACAACUUAUGAAAUCUACCUGUCUGUUGCUUGUUACCAACAUGUCAGAAUCGGGGCACAAGCCUUUUUUUUAUAUGUAAUCUUGUUGGAUUCUGUAACUGCAGUUAUAAAUACCAAAGUUUUAUAAUUAUUUUUCUUCUGUUUUGCUGUAGUUUUUGGUGUUCCUGAAGCACCAGCUGUAACUCGGUUUGUAACGAGGAACAGCACGAGAAAAUGACAUGUACUGUAUAUUGCCGCUGGUGAUAGUUAUGUCUACACUUACUUUCCCAUUCUUAGAGAAAAUUAGUAUGCCAAACCCACCUGUUCAUUUUACCUGCUUCAUGCCUUCUACUAAUUACACAGUUUAAAAUAAAGCCCAAUGCUUGGAUUUACUGAAGUAGCUGUAAAAUAUUUUAAUUUGAUUUUCUUUGUGGUUUGUGGUUUUUUUUUUUUUUGUAGUUCUGCAAUAAUUGGUCCCUUGCAUAAUUUAAGACUCUUUCUGCAAUGUUUUGUGUAUUAUAAAUACAAAACCUUUCAAAAUUAAUUUAAAAUUUUAUUAUUUUACUGACAAAACCUGUUAAUGAACAAAAGUGAAAAAUACCCCAGUGAACUAUUAAUUUAUAUAUUUAUUAUAUGGAAAUAAGAUUGGACUAACAUUAUGUAGACAAACUAACCUUUAUUGUAUUUGUGGAUUCAAAGACAUGCGAUAACUAUUAUGUUCAAUCGGACAACUAUUUUCAACCAGAAACAUACGUGCCUGAAAGUGGACCCUAUCAACCUGAAGGUGAACCCUUUAUAGUACCUAUGGAGUCAGAAAGGAGAGAGGACGAGUAUGAGGACUAUGGAGUUGAAAUGCAUUCACCAGAAUACCCUGAGCACAUGCGCUGGAAAAGAUCACUGUCAAGAAAAGCACAAACCAAUCCAUAAAAGAUCUGUGUCUUGUUUUGGUUUUUUUGGUUGGUGGGUUUUGGUUUUGCUAUUCUUGUAUUUGCAGAUACACACAGGGAGAGUGCAUAAUUUCUUUUGCAGUAUAGCUUUCUGGUCUUUUCAUAUCAGAUGCGCCCCUGUUUUGUAUCUUGCUUAUGUGGGGAUAGCAACGUGUGUACCUAGAGACUUCAUAUUGCUCUGGAAAUGCUUGUAAAAUAGUUCUGCUUAUAGUGGCUGCAUACAGGUUAAGAUGUGCAUUCAGUUAUCCCAGUGCUGCCUUUUCAUUAAAAUAAUGU